AAAAUGACACAUAUGAUUUUGUCAUGUGUCAACGUAAGAAGAAAUUUGAUUUCUUCUCGCUGGUUUCUCUCUUAGUAUAUAAUAUAAUAUAUUAUAGAAUAUUGAUUAUUGAAGAAGCGAAAAAGCAACUAUAUAUAUAUAUACUUUUUUUUUAAAAAAAAACAACUAUCAAAUAAUAUUAAGGGAUCCAAAACAUGUCUUAUUUGGAUGGCCAUAUUUACUGAUUUAAAUAUUGUAAUACAGAUUAUUUUUCUCAUAAGAGGAAAAAUGUUUAAUUUUGCAUCGGUCGUAAUAAAAAAAUUUAAGAGGUUCACAUUCAUCCAAUCCAUCACUCUCUUCUUUUUUUCCCCCCUUUUCCCCCUCUACUUUUGUUUUCUUUUUGAGGAGCCAAUCAACAUACUCUUCAAUCUUCGUUCAUGCGAUUAUAUGGCCUUGGAGAAUACGUUAUUGGUUUCCUCUAGAUAAAAGGCAAGGAUCAAUGCCCUCGUACAAUUUACCACAUUACCAGCACUUCUUCGACUUCACUUCUAGGGUUACAAUCGUCUUUUCGAACAUUGCCCCGCCCCCGGAUGAACUCUUUGAGUGAAACGACACCGUUCGUUUUCUCACUCCCGAUUUCCUUUUCCGGACCAAAAAAUAUCGAGACCCAGGUUCUAAGGGCCUUGUGCAUAUAAAUAUGCAAAAAAUAAAAUAGCGCAAAAAAGACACACCGAUGCAAUUGAGAGUAAUUAUGAUCUUACUCAAAUUCAAAUUCUUGUGUAUGAAUCUUUGUAGAGCAAGAACAGUUGUUUGAUUUUCUUGUUAGUUAAUUUAGCUGCUGUAUCGUCUUUUUUUGUAUGUAAAUUUCAGACUAAAAUAGAAAAGAAUCAUAAAACCCUUAUUCUUUUUUCUUUGGGUGAAUUGAAUUCGAUUAAACCCUAAUUCCCGGGGUUUCCCGUCUGAUCGGGACGUACAUUAUUUUGCCCGCAUUUUUUUUGUAUGUGCUGUGUGAUUUGAGUAAUUUAAUGGCGAAUCAAGAGGAUGAGGAUUUGAAGAUGGCGUUGAGGAUGAGCAUGCAGCACGAGUCACCGGAGCCGAAGCGGAGUAGACCUGGAGGGAGUAAUACACCGCCUGGGGCAGGCUGUGGUGCGGAGGAAUCGCCGGAGACGAGGAAUCGGAGGCUCCAGCGUGAGUUGAUGGCUGCGGCUGCUGAGAAGCGGAUGAUGGCUGCGAAGAAUGUGGCUCCAGUGACCACAGCGGUGGCAAUGGAGGUCGAGAAGAGUGUUGGUAAGGAGAGCUGCGGUGGUGGAGAGCCGGUAGCUGAGAUUAGCUUGGAGAGUGUGGGGAAAAAUGUCUACCCGGUGAAUCCAGGGAAGGAACUGUCCGCAGAGGACGCUCAGCAAUUGUUCUCUAUCAUUUUUGGAGACGAAGUGACGAAAGAUAUACUUGCCCAGUGGAGUAAUCAAGGCAUCAGGUUUAGCCCUGAUUCAGAAACAUCCAUGGGAUUAGUGCAGCAUGAAGGUGGUCCAUGUGGUGUGUUAGCUACCUUACAGGCUUUUGUUCUCAAAUACCUGUUAUUUAUUCCGGAGGUAUCAGGUAUUGUUGUACCUGCCUUGGCAAGAAAUAUGGAUUUAAGACGGUGCUCCCGAAGUGAGUGCACUGCGGCAGAUAUUGUUUCUUCACUGACAGAAGAGAGAAAAUCUAGAGCUUUGGUGAGUAGCAUGUGUGAGAUUCUCUUUCUGUGUGGAGACAAUGAAAGAGCUGUGCUUGCAUCCAUUGGAGUUCUUCACGGUGAUGACAGAAGUCCUGAAGACAAUUCAAAAGAUGAUGUAAUUGCAAAAUUACUUGAAGGAGUUGCAAUUGAAUCAGGGCCUGACCUGCAGAAGGUCCUGAGGGUUGAAGUGCAUACUUCAAAGAUUAGUGCAAGUCAAAGACUCGAAGCAAUGCUUCCUAUUUUCCGAAGCCGUAUGGGAGCAAUCCUAUUCUUGAUAUCUGCUUUGCUUUCUCGUGGAGUGGAAUCUGUGCAAGGAGAUAGGGAUGACCCUAGUCAGCCAUUGGUCACUGCUCCAUUUGGGCAUGCCUCCCAAGAAAUUGUGAACCUUCUGCUUUCUGGGAAGGCAGUAGCUAACGUUUUUGAUGGAAGUAUGGACCUUGGGGGUGGGAUGUUUGUUAAAGGCAUUUCAUCACCCGUAGAAGUUGGUUUCCUGACUUUGCUCGAGUCUCUAAACUUCUGUAAAGUUGGCCAGCAUUUAAAAUGCCCAAAAUGGCCAAUAUGGGUUGUUGGAAGUGAAUCUCAUUAUACCGUUCUAUUUGCUCUUGACACCAAGGUUCAGGAGGAAAAUGAAUAUGAAAGCAGAGAAACACAAAUCAGGAGGGCUUUUGAUGCCCAAGAUCAAAGCGGCGGUGGUGGGUUCAUUAGUGUUGAUGGCUUUCAUCAAGUUCUCAGGGACACUGGCGUUAACCUUCCUGCUGAGAAGGUCAACCACCUUUGCAGUACUGGUUUUAUCGUUUGGAGUGAAUUCUGGCAAGUUCUUUUGGAUUUGGACAAGAGCUUAGGAGGGUUGAAAGAUGCAACUGGCUUGAUGGGCAAGAAGGUAUUUGACCUUUACCAUUUUAAUGGAAUUGCAAAGUCAGUCAUUAAUGGGAGCCACUUAAAUUUUGGUAUUGAAAACCCAGUACAAAGACCAAGGCUUACAAAAUUGAGGGUCUCAGUUCCUCCAAAGUGGACACCGGAGGAGUUUAUGUCGAACGUAGCAGUGUCCUCCAGCACCGGAAAUAAUGAAACUGGUGGAAAGAAUGUCGAUGUGGAGGAAGUGUCUAAACCUGAGCCUUCACAGCACGCGCCCCUGGUUGACUGCAUCAGGACGCGUUGGGCACGUGCUACCUGCAACUGGGACGGGGAUGCACCUAGUAUUGUUUAAUGUGGUUAGGUAAAUGCGUCACUUCAGUAGACUUGUCUUGUGCCAUGUCAAGGAUGUUGAGGCUUACGUCCAAAGUAACAUGCAGCGAUAGAAGAGAAUGAAACUCAGAAACUGGAAAUGAACCCAGAUUUUAGAGGGGAAUGCUCAUUGCUCAACGCCGCAAUUUCCCCCAUUCGGCAAUACAGCUAGACUGUUUUUCAACUGUGAUAUAUAAUUGUGACUUUUAGAUUCUUAUAUGUUUUGGAGCAUUUCUUCCAUUUGGAGUGUGAGUAUAAAAGAAACGUUUGACAUUAGUAUAUCGAAUCUCUGAGUCUCAGCCACUGAGAAACCAAUUCUUUUUAUUUAUUUAUUUUUUUUUUGGUCAAUGGGGUUUAGCCAGUAAUAAUUUACAUUGACUAGGUUGGUUUCAUUUCAUUGCUGUCUCAAUGUUGCAAAACUUAGGCUUCCCCGUCAAUAUGGAUGUACAUCAUUGAAUUUAGAUGCUUGAUUUUUAUACCCUUUUUUUUCCCCUUUUGUCUUAGACUUAGAGAAUGGUAAGAUAAUUACAUCGUACUUCAAUGGUUUGACCUAAUGAUGGGUUUAAGGAUAUGCGACAAGAGAGAAUAAAAAUAGAAUUAUUAGAAAUUUG